GAAUGUUGUUUAGUAUACUGCAAUAAGGAUCAGCAGAUCAGGAUUUUUCUGAGAGACUCAACAACACCAUGUGUUUUAGAAAGCUAAUAAUGGAUCAAUUACUUGAGGUGCUUUUAUUUCUGUUCUUCCCCACUUUGGUCAUUUCAUUCUCAAACAACCACCCAGACACAACUGGUUUGAAUUCUUUUCAAUGGAGAAGCAGCAGACCUCAUAAUUGGGAAGGCUCAGAUCCUUGUGCCAAUUGGGACGGCAUUACCUGCAACCAAUCACGUGUCACUACCAUAAGAAUUCAUAGCAUGGGGUUGUCAGGUGUCCUGUCCGAAGAUAUUGCGCAACUAUCCGAAUUAGAGAUUCUGGAUUUGUCUUCGAACAAGGAAUUGACAGGACCACUCCCGCAAUCAAUUGGGAAUCUGAAGAAACUUACAAAAUUAAUCUUGGUAGGGUGCAACUUCACUGGACAAAUUCCUUACAGCAUAGGAUCUCUACAGAAGCUAGAAUUUCUGUCUCUAAACUCUAAUAUGUUCAAGGGUUCGAUUCCAGCUUCCAUUGGUAAUCUUUCCAAACUGACGUGGCUAGAUAUCACAGCCAAUUACAUUGAGGGACCCAUCCCAGUCUCUACUCGGACCAGUUCCGGUCUUGACAGGCUCCUCCUUUGCCAGCACUUCCAUCUUGGAAAGAAUAAUCUCACAGGCCCAAUUCCAGAUGAACUUUUCAGCUCAGAGAUGAGUUUGCAACACUUGCUUUUGGACGGUAACAAACUAGGUGGCACUAUUCCGACCACACUAGCACUUGUUCCUAAUUUAUCGAUCUUAUCAAUGGACAACACACAUCUUACAGGACAAAUUCCCCAAGAGCUAUUCAGCCUUCGCAAAUUAGUGACGGUGAAACUAAAGAACAACACGCUAGAUGGAACAUUAGAUAUUAGCAGCUCCUACAACAAGGACCUGAAGCUCAUUGAUUUGCGCUCAAAUAACAUCACUGACAUUAAUGACGUUGAUGAAGAACAUGAUGUUCAGAUCCUACUUGACAACAAUCCAGCAUGUGAGAAAAAUUCAAUGUACUGCAGCGGUCGCUCAGCUUCUGAACCAGAUAGUUUAUAUGUCACAGAGCACAACAAUUGUUCACCCAGUCCUUGUGAUUCGAAUCAGAUUCCCAGCCCCAACUGUAGAUGUGCUAUUCCAUUCAAAGGAAUUCUCAUCUUCACAGCUAUUCCCAUCUUAGACUUGGGAAACACAUCACGCUAUAAUGACAUUGAGAAAGCUUUAUCCAAGCUACCUCCUGUCGAUAGUGUUUCUUUGAGUAAUCCCGAGAUCAAUAAUGAUGAAUACUUUCAAGUAAGCCUAUCUUUCUUCCCAAAAGGCAAGGAUCAUUUCAAUCAAACUGAUGUUUUAAGUAUAAGUGAAACUAUCAAUUUCGACCUCCCUGGACCUUACAGACCAUUCUAUUUUAUCAGUGAAAGUUACGAAAACUAUGAAGAAGUGACUAAAGAAUCAAAAUGGUCAAGGAUUGGUAUUGACAUUGGAGUAGCAGCUGGUGUUUCUGUCAUUGUGCUAUUACUAUUUGUGGGAGUGUACGUUUUUUUCCACAAGAGGAGAGCAGGAACAGGAUCAGACACUCUUACUAUGAAUGCCACAAGGUUUUGGGAUGCAACAUCUUCCAGUGGAAGUGUUCCUCAGUUGAAAGGGACAAGGUGGUUCUCUUUUACUGAGCUUAAGAAAUACACCAACAAUUUUUCAACGGAAAAUGAAAUUGGAUCUGGGGGUUAUGGAAAGGUUUAUCGUGGAAAUCUUCCGACUGGAGAAAUGAUUGCUAUCAAAAGAGCUACGAGAGGGUCCAUGCAGGGCGGAAUCGAGUUCAAAACUGAGAUUGAACUUCUUUCAACAGUUCAUCACAAGAAUCUUGUCCGGCUCCUGGGAUUUUGUCUAGCAAAAGGUGAACAAAUGUUGGUCUAUGAGUAUGUACCAAAUGGAAAUUUGAAGGAUGCUUUAUCAGGAAAGUCAAGAAUCAGAUUGGAUUGGAUUCAAAGGCUAAAGGUAACUCUUGAUACUGCUAGAGGCCUGGCUUAUCUUCACGAACUUGUCAACCCUCCAAUAAUACACAGGGAUAUUAAGUCAGCCAAUGUCCUCUUGGAUAAUCGCUUGAAUGCAAAAGUGGCUGAUUUUGGUCUCUCAAAGCUCAUGGGCAAUGAUGAGCAGGAUCAUGUCAGCACUCAAGUUAAAGGCACAAUGGGCUACUUAGAUCCUGAAUAUUACAUGACGCAACAACUGACUGAGAAGAGUGAUGUGUAUAGUUUUGGAGUGUUAAUGUUGGAGCUGAUUACUGCAAGGAAACCUAUCGAGCGAGGAGUGUACAUUGUAAAAUUAGUACGAGAGACAAUGGAUGAGAAUAAAGAUUUGUACAACCUCCAUGCACUUCUUGACCCAGCUAUCGGUGUGGGAACAAGAUUGAAUGGUUUUGAAAGGUUCGUGGACCUUGCAAUGACAUGUGUUGAGAAUCAAAGAGCAGACAGGCCUACAAUGGGUCAGGUGGUGAAGGAGAUUGAGAGAAUUUCAAAGCUUGUGGGUCUGAACCCUACUGAUGAUUCAAGAUCAACUUCUUCAACCUAUGGGGUAUCAAUUAAAGUAAGCUCCUCCAAUCCUUACAGUGAAGAAUCAUUUUCUAUGAGUGGAGGUUCUUCAGCACCAAAGAUAGAGUAUUGCUGAAAACUGAGUUUAUCUGAAAGUGUUGAAAUUUGUAGCAGUUGGCAGGCUCUCUGUUUGUACUCAUUAGAACAAUGUGGUGUUUAAUGUAAUUAUGCUUGUAUCA